AUGAGUACAAACAGAUUUGGUACCGACUUUCCCACUCGAACCACUCAAGCAGCCAAUCUUAAUUUUCGCAUCGAAGAAUUAUGUGUAGGCACUAUCUGUAACAUUUCCAACGACCUUCCUCCAAAGAGUGCCAGCGCAUGCCAGAUGCACGGUUUCUCGGCGGAUGAGACAUUCUGUCAUCCAGACUCGCGAGCCACUCAUCCGGCUAUGAUCUUGGAAAUCAUCAGGUCACAAGAUAAUUCUACUAUCACGCAUGUGAAGUAUAUUCAUAUUUCUCACUUGACGGCGUUGACGCACGGUGAUGGAGGCUGGCAAUUGUAUCAGGACACUAUUCUGAAUGGCAGAAUUCCUCCAGACAGCGGGCCAGUGAGCCUCUUGAAAGUGACGAGAGGGCCCCUGAGCGAUCGUCAGUUCUCAAAGAUGCAGCGUGCUGUCAAUUACAAAUUCAUCGAAGAUAGCGGAUUGACAGGAACGAACUGGUUGAUCUUGGGACACUGGUACAUCAUUGAGAUUGAGCACCCAGUAAAGCUAACAAGCAGCCGGAGAUGGCCCCUCAAUUAUCAUCGUCUUGACAGAGACUCUUAUGGUACCCUGAUGGAAGAAAUGAGCCGACAUCAUCCAUAUGACCUCUUUUGGAGGCCGAAAGAAGCAUGGGAAUAUUUGUACAUCGCAGAUUCCAAGCUCCUUAACCAACAGGAGGACUACUUUUGCGAUAUUAUCAGUGAGCUGGUAUCUGAAGGUGACCUUUUCGUUUUCGUUGGAUACCCAACAAUGACUGCUGCACCCCGAUCGCAGGGGUUGAGUAAAGAAGGCCCGGAAAAGGAGAAACCAAUCGCGCUUUUGGCACGUUGCAGAACAGCAGACCCUGUAUUUUCAGCACUUGUUAGGAAGAAGAUUCGAAAGACUUAUUGUUACAAUAGAAUCCCAGGUAGGAACAAGGGGACCUGCACCACGCAGUAUACGUUGCAGAAUGUGCGCUAUUGGAAAGAGUUUCGAGCACAUCCCGACCAGCCAGAUUGUUGCUGGCCCAAGAGAAAGAACUUCACUAUCUGA